AUGAAGCCGGCCGGGCGCGGCGCGGGAGCGCGAGUGGCCCGAGCGAGCGCGGCUGGGAGCCGAGCGCCCGCCAGCCCCCUUCCCGGCUCCCCCGCCCCGCCUCCGCCUGACGCCCCGGGGCCUGGCCGGCAGCCGCGCAGCAGCGCGCCCCUCCCUCGGCGGCGUUCCACGCCCCCUUCCGGCCGGGGGUGCGCGGGGCGGGCGCGCCGAGCCCCGAGCGGGGAGGCCCGCCCCGAACCCCCGCGCUCCGCCCGCCGCCGCCGCGGCUCUGUCGCCUGUUUGUAG